AUGUCCUGGGCAGCGCAAGCCAGCCUGAAGUUACCCGCCUCCAGCAUGGGAGCGGAAGAUGCCUCUGACAGGGACGCGGAGGAUGCGGCGGUGGCCGAGAAGUGCACGCAACUGCGGAGUCGCCUCGGCCUCGGGAAGGUGUCAGAGGAAGACCUGCGGUACGUUUUGGAUGCCUUCACCUCGCAAAUUCGAGAGACUUGGGGGCUUCGGCGUGCCCUGGAGAGGCAACAGAGCCUCGGCCUUUUGGGAGGGGGCCAAGGAGGCCCAGGCCCAAGAAGGAGCAACUUCCAAACGCAGAUCUUUGAGGCCGAGGCCAAGAGUGCGCAGAAGCAGGAGCUCCUCGAGACGGAGCUUUGCAGCGAGCUGGUGAAGGAGGCGAAGGGCUUGGCGGAGCACGUGGAGAUUUUAAGAGCACGCGAUCGAACCCGGGAUGCAAAGCAUGCCCACUGGGAAGAGGCGGCCUUAAGGCUCCCUGGCGUCCUGAAAGCCGAAGGAGCUUUAAGGCAGCGGGCCGAGACGGUGACUCAAGAAGAGAUGCAUCUCCAGGAAAGUGUGGAGGAGUGGCAGCGCCAAUCGGCGGCUGAGAUCUUGGCAUGUCGCUUUGAAGUAAACGACUUGCAGAAGCAGUGUGGCGAGCUUAGGGGAGAGCUGCUGCAGGCACAGGCGGUGAUGUCCAUAUCAUCCAGUGAGGUGCAGGCAGCGCAGGCGCAGGCGGCGGAGGUUGUUGGCCCAGAGCCUUCGGAACUCCGCGAUCGGCAGUAUUCGAGGACUGCAGCUGCCGCGGUCCGAUGGCACGACGCUGGGUCCGUUUUCGAUGCCUUCGCCUCGCCGGUUCCUGACAGGAGCCGGAGCCCACGGAUGAUGCCGGCGGACUUUGGACAUCUCUGCGAGCGCUUGCGGCGCGCGCAAGGCCGGGGGCCGAAGCCCGAGAAGGACCGAAGGGACUUUGCAGACUUUGCCUUCGCCGCCGUCUUCGGCAGUGCCGGCGAUGUGGACAGGGCCACGUUUGCACGGCUCUUUCCGCAUUUCGCGUUGAUGUUGCACGAGCUGGAGGAGGCUUUCGAGCAGGCUGGAGAGUAG